CACGGAUCCAUUGAUUUGAGUACUGACCUGAUGUUUCAGAAACCUACGACUGCCCCUGCUGGUGCGCCAGCCCCUGGAGGCACGGGAUUGUUUGGAUCAGCCACUGGGACCAGCAGCAAUGCGGGCGCCAACACCGGCGGGCUCUUUGGCGGUUCAAGCACCGCUGGAUCAGCUCCAUCGAAUACAACAGCUCCAAGUACCGCUAAUACAGCUCCCGGUACAGCUUCUGCAGCCACAGGAGUCACCACAGCUGCUAACACAACUGCCCCAGGCAAGAAUCAACCGAUUGCCCAGGGAAUUCGUGAUGACAAUGCACCUUCUCAUAGAUUGUUGAAAGACUUGAUUGAAUCAGCUAAUAACUUGCCAAAAGCCAGUAAUUCUGACAUGGGGGGUAUUAAUUUGACCCUUAAUGAGUUGCAUAAGAAGACACAACAACUUAGAAAGUCAAGUCCAGACAAACCAACUAAUUUUACCAAAGCACACUAUUUACUUGCUUCAAGUGGAAUUUCAGCGGAAGAAAUUGAAAAUGAAUUGAACACUAUUAACAUUCCAAUUUCUGAUCAACAUAAGUCUCGUAUAAAUAAGUUUGAAAAUCAUCCAGAACAAGCUCGUCGCGGACACUUCCGUCAUAUUCUGCAAGUUCAACAACAGUAUGAACAACAACAUAAACAUGAUCAUCGCUCAGAUAUGGAAACCGAUUCUCAGAUGAUUGUGGCCCAUGAUUCAAACCAAGAUUCUUCUCAAGUAUCUAAAUUUAAAGCCGAUCAUCAGGUUUUACCUCUGGCUAAUCUCGAUAAUUACCUUAAUGCUAAAAAGGAUGAGAAUAUCUUGUCGGCCAUUGAACAAUCUUUAUUAUCUGCUUUUAAUGAUUUCGAUCAAUUCAUCAAUCAAAACAUUUCUAUUGAUUGGAAAGUCCGUCGUGAUGAAUUAAGAAAAUCUUUCGGCGUUAUUGCUACUAGUGAAACAAAACGCGCUAAAGUUGGAUCUAAUAAUUCAAUUAAUUGGAAUAAUAAAUCUUUACCUGGUCAUUAUAAUAUCUUAACUCCUUUGAAAACUAAAGGUCAAACUUCUUCAAGUUUAAGACAAAUUACUCGAGAAAAAUUUGAGAAUCACGCAAAAGUUAUUUAUCAAUUAAAUGAAGCAAGAUUAGCAAAUAAAUUUUUCCCAAUUUGUUUGAAUUUUGAAGAGUUAAAUAAAUCAAAUGUUGAUUUUAAAUCAAAACAAGUCAGUGAAACUUGGAAAAUCUUGUCUGAUUUAACUCUUGAAAAAUCAGUUAAAACAAAUCAAGAACAAAAAUUCUUUGAAUCUUAUCAAAGCUUGGGUUUUAAUGAACGUAAUGAUUUAAACAAAAAAAUUAUUAAAAAUUCAAAAAAUUAUUUAGAACAUCAAUUCUUUAAUUAUAUGGAUGAAAUUUAUAUUAAAGAUGAUAAAAAAUCAAAUGAAUUUCUACCUGCAAAUAAUAUUAAUAAAGUUUCUUAUUUUAUUAAUAAAAUCAUUGCUAAAAAUAGUGAUCAUGAAUUCAUCGAUAAGACUUUAAAUGUUAAUGGUGUCCCAAUUUGGGCUUUGAUUUUUUAUCUUUUCAGAAGUGGGUUAUAUAAUGAUGCAUUACAAUUAGUUAAUAGUAAUCGUGAUGCGUUUACAAAAUUUGAUAAAAAUUUCCCAAUCUAUUUAUCGAAAUUUGUUAAAAACAAUGGUUGGGGUUUACCUUCAGAUUUACAAAUCAAAAUUAGUAACGAAUUUAAUCAACAAUUUCAGUAUAUUAAUGAAGAUUCUAAUGAUUUUGAUGCUUAUAAGUAUUCAGUAUAUAAAAUUAUUGGGAAAUGUGAUUUAUCCAAGAAAAGUUUACCCCAAUCAAUCAAUUUAAGUAUCGAGGAUUGGCUCUGGUUUCAUUUAGGUAUCAUCAAUGAAUACACCAAUGAAACAACAUCAACUAUCAUUUAUGAAAAUUACUCCUUAGAAAACUUGCAACAAAAGAUUAUUAGCUUGGGACCUAAAAAAUUUAAUUCAUCAUCAAAUAAUCCACUUUACUUAAAAUCUUUGAUUUUAGUUGGUUUAUUUGAAUUAGCAAUUCAAUAUACUUAUGAAUCUAUCAAUGAAUGUGACUCGGUUCAUUUAUCUAUUGGAUUAUGUUAUUAUGGUUUAUUGAGAGUCUCAAGUUUCAAUAAUAAGGAUGAUUUAAUAACUAUUAAUUCAAAUGAUGAAUAUGAACUUAAUUUUAGUAGAUUAUUGGGAUCUUAUACUAGAAGUUUCAAAAUUAGUGAUCCUAAGGUUGCAAGUCAAUAUCUCAUUUUAAUUGCCAUGUCAAAAGGUGGUAAUAAUAAGGAAGAAUUUUCAAAAUGUCACGAAGCAUUAAGAGAAUUGAUUUUAAUCUCAAGAGAAUUUACUUUAUUAUUGGGUGAAUUAAAUCAAAAUAAUGGAGAUAAAAUUCCAGGUAUUUUAGAAAAACAAAGAUCAUUAAUUGGUUUAAGUGAUUUAUCUCAAUUUUAUCAUCAAAUUAUUGAAACUUCUUCAAUUAGAUGUGAAGAAGAAGGUAGGAUUUUUGAUGCUUUAUUACUUUAUCAAUUAUGUCAAGAUUUCGAUACUGUUGUUUCAUUAAUUAACAGAUUACUUAGUGAAAUCUUAUCAACUUCUGAAUUAGAUAAACCUUUGAUUGAAAAUGGUAAUUAUCAAAAUAUUAAUGGAGAAGUCAAACAAGCAGACACUACUGAUAAUAAUAUAAUCUUGUUAAGUCAACAUAUAAUGAAAAUUUUCAAUAAUAAUAGUUUCAUCUUAGAUAAAAUCUCUUCUUCUAAGAAACAAACUAAUGAAUUAUUAUUACCGAUUAUCUCAAUCAGAGAUAGUUUCUAUAAUAAAAAUUGGCAUCAAACAUUGUUACAAAUCAAACAAUUAGGCUUGAUUCCUAUCAAUGAAAAUGACGGGUUAUUAGAGAUCAGAAAAGCAGUUGAGUUACUUUCUCAAAAUAUGGAUGACGAUCUCGUGAAAGCAAUUCCAUCGUUGUUAAUCAUGGUUAUGACAAGUGUUUCUCAAUUGAACUAUUCAAUCCUUACAAAACGUUACCAAAAUUCCAGUAAUGAACGUGAAGAAUCAAACCGUUUGAAAGCUGUUGCCAAAAAUUGCAUGAUAUACGCUGGUAUGGUCCAAUACAAAAUGCCAAGGGAAACCUACAGCUUGUUAAUCAACUUAGAAUCCCUGUUGUAAAAUAUAGUUUAGUUAUUUUUUAUUUAGAUUAAAAGUAUUAAAAUAGUUCUG